AUGCACGACCAGGGCCCCAGGACGCUGAAACCCCCACGUCGGCGGCGCAAAAAAACACCAAGACCUACUACGGUGCCAUCUCGACUCGUUCCCACCCACCCCGACCCCCCGGCCCUCACGUCUCAUGAUGAACCAGGGCCCGGCGGCUGUUGCACCCGCGGAUUCAAGCGCACAUCCCCCGCGCUCCCUGCCGCCUCCGCCUUGUUCGCAUCAUUACUAGAUCCACAGCCUACGUACAUACAGGGCAAGGAACAUGGUGCAAGCGGAACUCGCGGCUGCUCAACCCGCGACGGCGGCAAGCGGCGAUAUCGCUCCGACGCAGCCUGCCAGCUAGGGAAGUAG